AUGGUGUCCGUAUCCAGAAUUGGACCAAAGGCGGUUUCGGUCCCGGAGGCUGCAGCUGUCCCUAAAAUUUAUGCCCUCAAUUCAGGCUUUAUCAAAUCCGACUUCUACAACGUGCAGCAGACGCUGGCCAAUGGUCGCCCACUGCAUGCGCUUUUCAACACUACUGACGAGAAGUUUCAUGCGAAACUUCGCCGGGCAGUCUCCAAUGCUUACUCCAUAAGCAUUCUAGUUCAGUUUGAACCAUAUGUGGACUCAACGACAAUGGGAUUCCUCCACCAAAUCGAGACCAGAUAUGCAGAUCGGCCUGGAUAUUCAUGCGACUUUGGUACCUGGCUUCAAUACUAUGCAUUCGAUGUAAUUGUGGAGCUCACCUAUUCUCAAAGACUAGGCUUCCUCCGAGGAGGUGCUGAUGUCGAGAACAUCGUCCACAAUAUCGAGUGGACACUCAAUUACUCGGCAGUGGUGAGUUGGGCAGAUGCCCUGGCAUGUCCAAACAUUGAAACCUACCUGGUUGCGGAUAUCUUCGAUGCCAUCGGCGACACGGCAUUGCUCAUUACUGAGCAAAUCUUCGUCGCGGACAUCACUAGCCUCAUUAAUCGAGGAUUUUGGUCUGCACUCCCAGAAGCCACAACUGGCAUCUUCUCCCUUUAUGUCGGAAGUAGAGUCGCUCAAGCAGUUCUGGACCAUUCGACCUGGCGUUGGGGCUAUGACAUGUGGACGAUCAUCAUCCCUGUCUGUGCCAUCUCGCUUUUUGCCACUCUCAUGAUCUAUGAGCGACGUGCUUUACGACAGCUCAAGGGAACUUCCAUUGCCACUACCGAUCCCACUAUUGAAGGUUCCUCCUCGUAUCUGCUACGAGUAUCACGCUUUAUCCGGUUCGAGCUGGACCUCUUGGAUGCAAUCUUGCUGGCUGCAGGUUUCUCGCUGAUCUCGGUUCCGUUGUCGCUUACCGGCUCCUAUAGCAGUAGUGGGAAAUGGCCGAAUGGCGGGUUCGUCGCCAUGGUCGUGGUAGGUGCGAUCUCCUUGAUCCUCUUUGGUAUAUGGGAUGGGAGGUUUGUACGCAGACCGAUCAUGGCAUAUCGGCUGCUCAAAAAUCGCACCGUCGUUGCUGGGUGCCUGCUCGGUGCUUUUGACUUUGCCUCUUACUCGGUGUUCACGAUGUUGUUCCCCAGCUAUCUGCAAGUCGCUGCUAACUAUGCUGCUAGAGAAGCGUCUAGACCUCUCCACUGCAACAACUCUUUGAUUGUCGCAUACCAAGUAGCCCGUAUCCUGACAGGCAUUCUCCUUCGGUUUACGAAGCGACCGAACCUGUGGAUCUUCUUCGGCGUGCCCCUCUGCGUCCUCGGUCAAGGUCUUAUGACCUACUUCACAAAUAUGCCCGGCGGUCAUCCAGCCAACAAAGUUGAGUUCGUGACGUCGAAAGCGCUCGUAGGUGUCAGUAGAGGCAUGUACCACACUGCAUCCAAAAUGUCAGUCCAGGCUGUCGUGACCCAACAAGAUGUAGCUGUCACCACGGCUAUUUUCCUCUCGUUCAUGACCAUCGGCUCUCCUAUCGGACAAAGCAUUGGCGGUGCCAUCUGGAGACAUAUUCAGCCCCAGAAAUUGGAAAAGUACCUUCCCGCCGGCAACAAAUCUUCAGCCGCUUCGAUCUAUGGCUCCAUUGCCGUGGACAAGAAGUACCCUGAAGGCACACCGUCGAGAGAUGUCAUCAAUCGGGCCUUCCGUGAAUCCACAAGCACUCUGGCCAUUGCCGCAACUGCAGUCGUUGCGCCGAUCAAGAGCAACAACCAAGAGACUCGAUAG